AUGGCUGGUGUUGGUGGUGGUGUUGCUGCGUGCGAGUCGACCGUUGGCAGUGGUGAUCGAGGUACGGUCGGGGGAAGUUCGACUAGUUUCCACUGUGGAAAUUGUUGGUUUUUGUGUCUAAUGGCCUGCAAAGCCAUGGCAACAAAAAAUAUUACUACCGAUCAAUCUUCUCUUCUUACCUUCAAAGCCCACGUAAAUUUAGAUCCUUCACACAUUUUAUCGAAAAAUUGGUCGGUUUCUACUUCUGUUUGUGUCUGGAUUGGAGUUACUUGUGGUCUUCGCCACCAAAGAGUGACUGCCUUGGAUAUUUCUAGCAUGAAUCUUACUGGGAAGUUGCCUUCCCAAUUGGGAAAUCUAUCCUUCCUCGUUUCUAUAAACAUAAGCAGAAACUAUUUUCAUGGUAGUGUUCCCCAGGAGUUGAUUCAACUCCGACGGUUAAAAAUCCUGAACUUCAGUUUCAACAAUUUCAGUGGCGAAAUUCCUUCAUGGUUUCAUUUCUUACCUAAAUUACAAGUUUUGAAUCUCAGAGAAAACACUUUUUCACAUUUCAUCCCACCUUCCCUUUCUAAUAUAUCCAUGCUCCAUCAUUUGGAUCUUUCUUUCAAUACUCUACAAGGGAAAAUCCCGGAAGAAAUUGGAAAUCUUCAUAACUUGAAAUAUCUUGCAUUAGAAGAUAACACACUCACUGGUGUAAUACCAUUGCAGGUUUUCAACAUAUCGACAAUGGAAAUUCUUGCUUUUACAGGGAAUAACUUAACUGGUAAUCUCCCCCUUCAAAUAUGCCAUGGCUUCCCAAGACUCCAGGGGCUCUAUCUAUCUAAAAAUGAAUUGGGUGGUGAAAUUCCUUCCAAUCUAUCAGAAUGUAUACAACUUCAGACCCUUUCUUUGUCAGUCAACAAAUUUUAUGGAUCCAUUCCUGGAGAAAUUGGGAGAAUAAGGACGCUUCAGUAUCUAAACCUUGGUGUAAAUGAUUUGUCCGGUGCAAUUCCACAUGAGUUUGGUAAUCUGGAGAACCUCAAAAAGUUGAGCAUGGGAUUUAAUUUUCUUAAUGGCUCUAUACCAGCCAGUAUCUUUAACAUUUCAUCAUUGCAAUUUAUUGAGAUUGUUCGAUGUAACCUAUCUGGUGUAAUUCCACAAGAGAAUGUCACUCUUUACAACUUGGAGCAUCUUUAUUUGGAGAGCAAUAACUUAAAUGGACCAAUUCCAAACUUCCUCGGGAAUUUGAGAUUCAUUGAAAAAGUAUACUUGUCUAUGAACAACUUCAUUAGUAAAUCUCCAGAAUUGAGCUUCAUCACUUCAUUGACAAGCUGUAGAUAUUUAACAGAAUUGGAUUUUAGCAACAAUCCUUUGAAUGGCAUUCUUCCAGUUUCAGUUGGAAAUUUGUCCACUUCUCUUCAAUAUCUUUACGGCAAUGAUUGUGGUCUCAGAGGUAGCAUUCCAAAUGAAAUUGGCAAUCUCACCAAUUUGAUAAUGUUAAGUCUGUUUGACAAUGAGUUGACGGAAUCAAUUCCAGCAAGCGUGGUGAAUUUGCAAAAGCUUCAAGAAUUAGCUCUUGUUCGCAAUAAAAUAAGUGGAUCUAUCCCACGCUCUCUUUGUGAACUUCAAAAUUUAUAUGAAUUGUUGUUGUCACAAAAUCUAAUAACAGGUGCUAUUCCAGAGUGCAUAGGGAAUAUUACUACACUAAGGUCUCUAUAUAUCAAUACCAACAGAUUGACUUCCACCAUACCUACAAGCCUAUGGCUCCUGAAAGAUCUUCUUAAGUUGAAUUUAUCUACAAAUACUUUGAGUGGCUCUCUACCUCAAGAAAUUGGGAACCUCGAGGCUGCAUUUCUUAUUGAUCUAUCAGUCAAUCGAUUCUCAGGUAGUAUCCCAAGCACAAUUGGAGAUUUACAGAAAUUGAGUAAUCUUUCCUUAGCACAUAACGCACUGCAAGGAUCGAUUCCGGAGUCAGUGGGUAAGAUGCUGAACUUGGAACAGCUCGAUCUAUCUCACAACAAUCUUUCUGGUAAUGUCCCCAAGUCCUUGGAGGCACUUACGCAUCUCACGUACUUGGACGUUUCUUUCAAUGAUUUAAGUGGUGAAGUCCCUUCUGGUGGUCCUUUCAAAAACUUUUCAAGUAAAUCCUUCAUGUCUAAUGAGGGAUUAUGUGGUGAUCCUAUAUAUGGUCUUCCACCAUGUCCUACUGGUAGACGAAAUAGAAGAAAAGUGAUGCUUACAGUUGUAUUUUCUUUGUUGGGGAUUACAGUACUAAUUUUGAUCGUCACAGCCUUGGCAUAUGCAAUUGGAAGAUACCGAAGGAAAAAUUUGGUGGAAAAUACAGUAGACUUUGCAUUUGGCACAAUUCUAAGGGUCUCGUAUUAUGAACUUUUGCAAGCAACUGAAGGGUAUAGUGAGAGCCAUUUGCUUGGGACUGGGAGUUUAGGCUCUGUCUAUAGAGGGACUCUCAAUAAUGGAAAGAAUGUCGCAGUGAAGAUUUUCAAUUUGCAACAACAAAAUGCAUUCAAGAGUUUUGAUGUAGAAUGUGAAGUAUUACGAAACCUUCGCCAUAGGAAUUUGUGCAAAGUCAUUAGUACUUGCUCCAAUCCAGAUUUCAAGGCCUUGGUGCUUGAGUACAUGUCCAAUGGAAGCCUUGAGAGGUGGUUGUAUUCAGACGAAUACGUGUUGGAUAUUCUGCAGAGAAUUAACAUAAUGAUAGACGCAGCAUAUGCAUUGGAAUAUCUGCACUAUGGCUACUCAAUGCCUAUUGUUCACUGUGAUUUGAAGCCAAGUAAUGUUCUACUGGAUGAAGAUAUGGUUGCUCACUUGAGUGAUUUUGGAAUUGCUAAGUUAUUGGGUGAAGGAGAAAGCAAUGCAUACACUACAACCCUGGGAACAUUGGGUUACAUUGCACCAGAGUAUGGAUUGGAAGGAUCAGUGUCAAUAAGAUGUGAUGUUUAUAGCUAUGGCAUCAUGUUAAUGGAAGUAUUUACACGAACAAAACCAAGUGAUGAAAAGUUUUCUGGGGAUUUAAUCCUAAGGAGCUGGAUCAAUGAUUCUAUGCCCAAUGCAAUAACUCGGAUUAUAGAUUCGAACUUGUUGGGGCUAGAAGAGCACAACACAAAAAAGUUGAAAUGUUUGUCAUGUGUAAUGGAACUUGCUUUAAAUUGCACCAUGGAGAGUGCCAGUGAGAGGGUGAACAUGAAAGAAGUUGUUGUAGCGUUGAAGAAUAUCAGAUUUCAGCUUCUUGCUUAA